AUGAAGGUGACGACAACUCCAGCGCAGGAGUUGGCGCUCUCGAAUUGCGCCUAUUGCUCUGCUGCAGAAAUUGCCAAAUUCUUGCUACCGGGGAGAGACUAUGGCUGGGCACUCAUUGGCUCAAACAUGGUUCUCAAUGUGAAAGCUCAUGAAAGCAUACAAGAAGGCCAGAUUGCGCUCAACGCAAUCCAACGACGGAAUGCAAAAGUUUCAUCCGGGGAUGAAAUUUCUGUAGCCAAAUUUCUCGCCCCAGACAAGGGCUUUAAGCUCGUCGUGGUAAAUCUUGAGCUAGAGUUUGUGAAGGCGAAGGGUAAAAGUGAACAGCUUGAUGCUCAGACUCUGGGACAAGAGCUUCAACGACGGUUUGUCUCACAGGUCUUCACUGUCGGCCAGAAAGCAACGUUCGAAUACUGUGGUAUCAAUUACGUUUUUAAUGUCUCACAUACAUUGGUGGAGGGGCAAAAAGAAAACGACACCAACGUAAUACGUGGAAUGCUUUGCCCUGAGACAGCGUUUCUGUUUGAGACAAAUCCUGGCUCAGGAAUCAAGAUUGUCAACCAACGUGGUGGAACAACUAGUAAUAUCUUCAAACAAAAAGAUCUGAAUUUUCAGAAGCUGGGGAUUGGUGGUUUGGACUUACAAUUCCAGGACAUCUUUCGUCGAGCUUUUGCAUCUAGGGUUUUUCCACCUCAUGUAGUCAGCAGGUUGGGAAUCUCUCAUGUAAAGGGAUUGCUGCUUUUUGGCCCUCCUGGUACUGGGAAGACAUUGAUUGCUCGGCAGAUCGGGAAAAUGUUAAAUGGGCGUGAGCCAAAGGUUGUCAAUGGACCUGAAGUUCUCAGCAAGUUUGUUGGAGAGACAGAGAAAAACAUUCGGGACCUUUUUUCUGACGCUGAAAACGACCAAAGAAUGCAUGGUGACCAUAGCGAGCUUCAUAUUAUUAUAUUUGAUGAACUUGAUGCAAUAUGCAAGGCAAGGGGUACGACCAGAGACAGUACAGGGGUCCAUGACGGGAUUGUCAAUCAGCUGCUUACAAAGAUUGAUGGCGUCGAUUCACUCAACAAUAUACUCCUCAUUGGAAUGACCAACCGGAAAGAUUUGCUGGAUGAAGCAUUGCUAAGACCAGGGCGUCUUGAGGUGCAAAUAGAAAUCGGGCUGCCUGACGAGAAAGGGAGACUUCAGAUUCUUCGAAUCCAUUCAACUCAGAUGAAAGAAAACUCAUUUUUGGCUUCUGAUGUGAACCUGGAGGAGCUUGCUGCACGAACAAAGAAUUUUAGUGGUGCGGAACUAGAAGGUCUGGUUAAAAGUGCAGUAUCAUUUGGUCUGAAUCGACAAGUCAAUGUGGAAGACUUAUCACAAUCAAUUGAUGAAGAAAAUAUCAAAGUGACAAUGAACGAUUUUCUUCAGGCACUACAUGAAGUCAAACCUGCUUUUGGCGCCGCUAUAAACACUUUAGAGAUGUACAGGACAAACGGCAUGCUGAAUUGUGGAGAUAGACACAGACAUAUAAGGGAGACUGCGAUGACGCUUGUAGAACAGGUGAAGAGUAGUGAGCGCACAUCAUUGCUUACUUUCCUUCUUGAAGGACCUAGUGGAAGUGGCAAGACGGCUCUCGCGUCAACAGUUGCAAUUGACAGUGAUUUUCCAUACAUGAAGAUUGUUACAUCUGAAAACAUGGUUGGACUGACGGAGGCCACCAAGUGUGGAUUGAUCACUAAGGUUUUUGAAGAUGCUUAUAAGUCACCAUUGAGCAUUAUUAUUUUAGACGAAAUUGAAAGGUUGCUUGAAUAUGUGAAUAUUGGCCCACGUUUCUCCAACGUCAUACUUCAAACACUAUUUGUUCUCAUAAAAAAGUUACCGCCCAAGGGUAAGAAGUUGAUGGUUAUUGGAACUUCAAGUAUGGUUCAUGUACUUCAGUCUAUGGAUCUUGUGGGUGCAUUCAAUGUGACUUUAAAUGCUCCAAACCUCGAACCCAAUGACGUGAAAAAGGUCUUGCAAGAAAUUCGUGUGUUCGCUCCUCAAGACAUUGAUACAGCCGUGCGAGCUUUAGACCAAGAGAUACCGAUCAAACGAUUAUUGAUGCUGGUAGAAAUGGCUGCACAAGGGAAAGGGGGUGAAGGAGCUGCGGAUGUUUAUGCUGGUAAAAAGAAGAUUGACAUUAACCACUUCUUUGAGUGCCUUCAUGACCUUGCAUGA